UCAUCAGAAAUGGCCGUCAAGUACGCAAUCAGGUCGACCGGUGACGCUCCCGAGAAGUCGUCGAAGAGCAGGGGAACCUACCUCCGCACGCACUUCAAGAAUGCGAGGGAGGUCAUCGCCGUCAUCAACGGCAUGAAGCUCGCCAAGGCUUACACGUACCUCAACGACGUUACUGAGAAGAAGGCCUGCAUCCCCUUCCGCCGCUUCAACGGCGGUGUCGGCCGUACCCCUCAGGCCUCCGUCUUCAAGACGACCCAAGGUCGCUGGCCCGUCAAGUCGGUCAAGUUCGUCCUUGACCUGCUCAAGAACGCUGAGGCCAACGCCGAGGCCAAGGGCCUCACCGGUGAGGAGCUCGUCAUCCGCAACAUCUGCAUCAACCAGGCUCCCAAGACCCGCAGGCGCACAUACCGCGCCCACGGUCGCAUCAACCCGUACCAGGGUCACCCUUGCCACAUUGAGAUCCACCUCGCUGAGCCCAGCGCGGAGGUUCCCAAGGCCGACACCUCUUCCCUCGUUCGCGUCGCCAACAAGCGUCAGCUUGCUCAGCGCCGCAUCGCUGCCGCUCGUUCUGCGUAAGCGCGGCGCUUUUGUGGGCAGCGAAAGGACUGGUCUGUAGGAUGAAGGGCAGGCUAGUCGAUGGUGUCAGCGGGGAUGGGCUGGUUUCCGGGACGCCGAACAGCGUUUCACACCAUGAGCAUGCGCUCUCGUCGUCAGCCUUUGUUGGCGCCGACACUUGCCCAUCCGUUCUCUCUUCUCUCUCUUUACUCAUGUACAAUCUCACCCUCAGUACCGCAAAAGAGAGCCAUCUCGUCGAGGACCGAGUGAGAGCGCUUCAGCCUGAGCAACCCUUGUCUGAGCAUCGUAGGCAUCACCACGCGAGCAGUCGCG